AUGGAGUUUCUAGAAAGAACUUAUCUUGUGACUGACAAAGCUACCAAGAGGUAUGCCUUCCCACUAGACAGGGUGGAACUGCGACAGAAGCCCCAGAAUAAAGAUCAAUGUCUCGGAGAGAAGCCGGAGGAACCGGAGACAGGAACCUUUCAUCACUGCCACAACCACUGCAAGGCCGCUGAGAACAGGGCCAAGGAACAAGUCCGAGCCAAGUGGAAACUCAGUGCUGCUUCAGCAAUCUGCUUCGUUUUCAUGAUUGCAGAAGUCGUGGGCGGACACAUCGCUGGGAGUCUGGCCGUCAUCACAGAUGCUGCUCACCUCCUGAUUGACCUGACCAGUUUCCUGCUCAGCCUCUUCUCCUUGUGGUUGUCCUCGAAGCCAGCCUCCAAAAGACUGACAUUUGGAUGGCACCGCCUAGAAAUCCUUGGUGCCCUGCUCUCCAUCCUCAGCAUCUGGGUGGUGACAGGUGUGUUGGUGUACCUGGCCUCAGAGCGCCUGCUGCACCCGGAUUACCAGAUCCAAGCAACCGUGAUGAGCGUGGUCUCCGGCUGUGCGGUGGUGGCCAAUCUCCUACUAAGUGUGCUUUUGCACCAGAGUGGCCCUGGCCACACUCACCAGGAAGCACAGGCGAAUGCCAGUGUGAGAGCAGCUUUUGUGCAUGCCCUUGGAGACCUGCUACAGAGCAUCAGUGUGCUGAUUAGUGCCCUUAUCAUCUACUAUAAGCCAGACUACAAAAUAGCAGACCCAAUCUGCACAUUUCUCUUUUCCAUCCUGGUUCUGGCCAGCACCAUCACUAUCUUAAAGGACCUUUUCAUCUUACUCAUGGAAGGUGUGCCAAAGGGCCUGACUUACGAUGCUGCGAAAGAGCUCAUCUUAGCAGUCGACGGGGUGCUGUCUGUGCACAGUCUGCACAUCUGGUCUCUAACAGUGAACCAAGUGAUCCUCUCGGCUCAUGUUGCCACAGCUGCCCACCGGGACAGCCAGGCUGUUCAGAGAGAGAUCAUUCAAGCCCUCAGCAGCAGCUUCACCCUGCACUCUCUCACCCUUCAGAUGGAAUCUCCAGGUGACCAAGACCCCAAGUGCCUUUUCUGUGAAGACCCCCCAAACUAG